AUGGAGGGGCCGUACUCGCUGGGGGUGAGCGUGUUCUCCGACCAGGGCGGCAGGAAAUACAUGGAGGACGUGACCCAGAUCGUGGUGGAGCCCGAGCCGCCGGCCGAGGCGCGCCGGGGCCCCCCGCACAAAGGAGCGGCGGCGGCCGGGGGCCCCCCCGGCGAGAGCGGGCGGCGGAGCGGGGCCGGCCCGCGGGCGGCCGAGGAGGGGACGCUGCCCCCCGGCCGGCCCCCGAGCCGCUCCGUGGCCUUCUUCGCCGUGUGCGACGGGCACGGCGGCCGGGAGGCGGCCCAGUUCGCCUGGGAGAACCUCUGGGGCUUCAUCAAGAAGCAGAAGGGCUUCGGCUCCGCCGAGCCGGCCGCCGUGUGCGCCGCCCUGCGCAAGGGUUUCAUCGCCUGCCACCGGGCCAUGUGGAAAAAGCUGCCAGAGUGGCCGAAGACCAUGACAGGUCUCCCAAGCACAUCAGGAACUACUGCCAGCGUGGUAAUUAUCCGCGGGUCGAAGAUGUACGUUGCUCAUGUUGGUGAUUCAGGAGUGGUGCUGGGAGUCCAGGACGACCCCAAAGAUGACUUUGUGAGAGCUGUGGAGGUGACACAGGACCACAAGCCUGAACUUCCCAAAGAAAGGGAGAGAAUUGAAGGCCUCGGGGGCAGUGUGAUCAACAAGUCUGGCGUGAAUCGCGUCGUUUGGAAGAGACCUCGGCUGACUCACAAUGGCCCCGUGCGCCGCAGCACUGUCAUUGACCAGAUUCCGUUCCUAGCAGUUGCCAGAGCACUUGGUGAUCUGUGGAGCUAUGACUUCUACAGUGGUGAAUUCGUUGUGUCGCCUGAACCUGACACUAGUGUGCACACAAUUGACCCCCAGAAGCACAAAUACAUUAUCCUUGGCAGUGAUGGAUUGUGGAACAUGAUCCCGCCUCAAGAUGCUAUCUCCAUGUGCCAGGAUCAUGAGGAGAAAAAAUACUUCAUGGGAGAGCACCGACAGUCUUGUGCCAAAAUGCUGGUGAACAGAGCCCUGGGUCGGUGGAGGCAGCGCAUGCUUCGUGCAGAUAACACCAGUGCCAUCGUAAUCUGCAUCUCACCAUUGCAGGAUAGCAAAAGCAACUUGGAAAAUGAAGAAUUGUAUCUCAACUUGGCAGAGAGUCCCUGCUAUAGCAGCCCUGACAUGAAUGUCAUGACACCCUCCCGCUGCUGUACCCCACCUGUCAAGCUUUCAGAAGAUGAUCCGUGGCCACGACUGAAUGCUUCUGAGCCUGUUCCUUCCCUUGUGCAUAGCAACAUGAUCUCGGAGAAAUACAUAGAGCUGCCAAAUGAGAUUGCCAAAAGCAAUUCACCUUCAUCAGGAGCAACCCUGAAGGAUUCAGGCCCGCAGGAAGAGAAAUGCGGCAAAGCAUUGGCUUUGAGGAUACAUGAAUCCUACAGUAAUGGUUUGUCAGUAGGUCUCUCCCCUUCCAACUCCACAAAUUCAGGCACGGACCAAAAAGGCUUCAAGGUGUCUCCUAGUGGCCAAACAAAAGCCCAAGAUGCAGAGAGGACACCCACAGCAAACUUUAAAAGGACAUUAGAAGAAUCCAACUCUGGCCCAGCUAUGAAGAAGCCGAGACGUGGCCUGAGUAGAAACAUUACUGUCCAACCAGAAGGCAUGUCCACAACGCCACAGCGCAAAAACUCAAACAAGCUGACCAUGCGGCGCAGCCUGCGGGGCCAGAAGAAGCUCGGCAAUUCACUCUUCCAUCCACCCAGGAAAGCAGCCUGUGUUUGCUGAAGGGCAUUUGUGUAAGGAAGUGUAUUUUGUCCUGAUUAGAAUUUUAAAGUUGGUGCAGAAGUUUGAAACUCUUCCCGUUUAUCCUUUUUUAAAGUAGAAACUUUUUUUGGUAUCAAACAGCUUUAUCCCAGCCUUGUACUUGCUUGUAUUAUAACUGUGAAUUUUGUAGAUGUGUAGGGUAUAAGUCACUGUAAAAUGUGUGUAAAUUUGUUUUCCCUUCAUAUAAAUGUAGUCUCUUUUCUUCCUUGUAUAAUUGUUACAGCGGGGCUAAACCUUGUUUAAAAGAAAGUCUUUUUUGUUAAUUUACUAAGGUCUUGAAUUUGUAUACGCUUCUUGUGAUGAGAAUUUCACAACUUUUUCACUAAAGUAAAUUAUUAAACAGAAUGGAAGAUAUGUAUUUUCGUAGUACUAUAUGUUCCACCUAAAGUGUGUCUUUUAGAGAAUACACUAGGUCUAUAUUUUGUUUUUAAAUUUUAGAUUUCUCUACUCAGAAAUGUAUGUGGAAGCAGAGAUGUUGAGUCUUGCUUUACGGGGCUCAAUGUCAACAUCUUUGUUAAUUAAAAUACUAUGCAGUAUCUUAUCUAGUUGCAUUUUUGUAACAUUAAUAGGCAAAGUAUUUAGCAAAAAAACCUGUGUUUUAAAAAUUCCCACUCCCAAAAGCAUCCUAUAAAGCCAUUCCCCAUCCCUGUUACAAACGGUGGCAUUUCUAUCCAGGCAUAAACGUAUGUCCUAUGGAAGCACGAAUUUUCUGCUAUUCCAAUACUGAUGGUGCUGCUAAUAUCUUUCAACAUAAGUUCUUAAGUUAUUUUAUGACAAUUUCAUUGAGUACGUGGAUCAUGUGUAUGUUCACUUAAAUAAAACG